UCAUCCUCGGAUGAUCACCCCAAUCAUACUCGAUUAACCAACGCCAGCAUAUACAACAUGAACGAUGAGCCUGAGCGGAUAGAUACAGCAGAGGCUGAUGAAAGCCCCUCACCAUCGGAGGAAGGCAUGAUGGUUAGCAGUAGAGUAUCACAAGUCGUCGAUAGACUAGUAUCUCAACUCAGAGAGGCUCAGCAAAGUCGUCUACGUGUUGAGUCCUUGCUUGAGGAGUAUGAGAAUGAACUCGAGUUGCGACGGGCUGAGGCAGCUAGACCCUACUUCGCUGAGAUUCUUCGGUGUCGUUGGCCAUUUAGUGGGUCCACAUUGGCAGCAUCGACCGGCAACCGCCAUACCACACAUGCUUCCGAGUUACGGAAUCUCAUGAACCUGAGGGAUCUCGAAGUGGGAAUGGUUCGGGACAGACCGAGUGGCCGACUCAGUGCGAGUUCGAGUCGAAGCGAGGAAAGCGGAUGAAACCCCCUCCAUGUGCUCUUUGUUGUUGUUAUUGCGCAUCCCCUCACCCCUUUCAGACGUCUUU